AUGACAAUCAACCAUAUCUUCUUCAACGCUUCCGCAGCCAAAUUCCAAGCUUUACGAUCAUUCUAUGAGGCGGUAUUGAAACCCAUUGGCUAUACCGAGAUGAUCUGCGCGAACAACGAUGCUCUCAUCGGUUAUGGCAGUGAUUAUCCUUAUUUUUGGCUGAAGAAAUUAUCCGAAGGUCAAACACCGAUGCCAACGCAUGUUGCGUUUGAUGCUCCGAAUCGAAAGGCGGUAGAUCAGUUCUAUGAAAUCGCUUUACAAAACGGCGGACGUGAUAAUGGACCGCCGGGAAUUCGAAAGGAGAUGAGUCGGCAGCCGUACUAUGCGGCCUUUGUCUUGGAUAUAGAUGGGAACAUUGUGGAAGCAGUUUGUGUUUUGAAGUAG